CCCUCCUCGGUGCCAUUUUAGAAACAAGUUGUCUUAAAACAACUUAAGCACCCACAAGAAAGGAGAGGAGAAGAAAGAAAUGGCUAAUGCCUCUGGUUUUCCUUCGGCCAUUUCUGUAGUCCUCACAACACUGGUUGUCACCUCUUUGACCGUCAACUCAAGCGGUGAGCAUUACUUGAGUUUGGUUCCAUCCGAGGCCGGCUGCCAGGUCUCAGUGGCUGAGUGCGUGACGAAUGAUGAGUUCGACAUGGGCUCCGAUAUUAGCAGGCGAGUAUUGCAAACCACAAAGUACAUAAGCUAUGGGGCUCUGCACAGGGACAGCAUGCCAUGCUCUCGAAGGGGGGCGUCCUACUAUAACUGUCAGCCAGGAGCGGAAGCUAACCCAUACAACCGAGGAUGCAGCACCAUUACUCAUUGUCGUGGUUAAGGUUAUUCUUCUGCCUCCUUUUCUUUCUGUCAUUUGUUUCUCAUUUGUGAGAUAGAAACAUUGCAAUAAACUGGGAUUUAUGGAUGGAACGUCAAGCUCCCCUCACAUGAGAUGGAGACAUCACAUAU